GUACUACAUCGAGCAUUCAGUGUGUUCCUGUUUACUAAAGAUGGAUCUCUAAUACUUCAAAGGCGUUCUGCUACUAAGGUAACUUUUCCACUACUUUGGACGAAUAGUUGUUGUAGUCAUCCGUUGUGGAAUGAAUAUGAAAUGUGUGAGGAAAACGAUUCAGUUGGUAUUCGACGAGCAGCACAGCGGAAAUUGGAACAUGAACUUGGAAUAAAGGCUCUUCCGCUUGAUCGAAUGAAGGUUAUGGGGCGUUAUAUUUACAAAGCUGAUAGCGAUGGUAAUUGGGGUGAGUAUGAAUUAGACUAUGCAAUAAUCAUUCUUGAUUUUGAUCCAGUUGCAAUAACUCCAAACCCGGAAGAAAUUGAACAAAUUUCCAUUGUUAAUCAGUCUAAAUUAAGAAAAAUGGUUCAAGGUACAUAA